AUAUAUAGUUUUGUUUGGCUGUCAGCGUCCUCCCGCCUGGAUCUGUGAGUGACGGUCACAAGGCUGCUUUGCGGACUGACUAUUUGGUACCAAGUCUUCUUGUACCCAAACCUUGAUGCAACCAUCGAGAUCUCGAGGCUUGCCAAGGUGGUAUUGAUCGAUCAGGAAGGAGAGAGACGUAGGGAAGUGGUCCUGCCAUGACGCUCAAAAGGCACAAGAUCGACCUGCUUUCGGCGUUUCAGCCAAAGCAGAAGAACCUUGUCAACUCGUUCCUACCCAGUGGUGCCCGUGGUAUCGAUGCCGGAAACAUCAACUCAAGUGUCAACCUCCCGGUUGCAGGUCCAUUGCCAGGAGUCUCAAUGGACAAUGGAGGCAUUUUGCCACAUGUAAAGGACAAGACGGACCAUUUGGCACCUCUUUACGAUCAAAGUAAGAGGCAUGAUACGAAACAAGAAGUUGGAAGUUCGCCUCGUCCACAUCGAAAGAUUGACGUUCCUGAAAAACCAGAUAAGAAGCAUAGGCACGGGCACAAGAAGAAGAACAAAAAGUCAAGGAUAUAUGAUGAUCCAGCUGUGGUUGCCGGCUAUACCUCUGUUCCACUGCUAGACUCUGUCUCUCUCCCUCGGGGUGGGUUAACCAUCGAGACGAAGGCAGUAGGAAGAAUCCAGUUUGGAAUCCCUCCCGAGACGAUCAAGGACAGCAUGCGGUUGGGACUAGACAUUCCCAAUAUCUACAUCGUACCAGUUGAACGGUUCUGUAGAGAAAUGGGUCCUGCCUUGGGGAUCAAUUUGGCAGAAUUCGAGUUUCCCGGGUACUUUAACUAUUUUGUGAGGGGAAGAAAGGUAACCUUGGUGGUUGAUUCCGAUGAGGCUGAGACAAACAUUCGAAAUGUUUUCGGGGAAACACUCUUGGGACCUGCUCAGUUUCGAAAUCAUGAGUAUCCUAAAGCCAAUGAAGAUGAGGAUUUUGAUCCAAUCUUUCCAGAAGAUCAAAGACCCAACUUCUACCGAGAAUUCUAUCACUUUCGCACUGCGGAAAAGUCUACUGACUACAAAGAACUCAACAUUGAUACCUUGAUUGGCUUUGUGCACUUCCAGCCCAAUCAGGAAGACAGGGAUAACAUCAAAUCCACGAAUACUAGAAUUGGACUCCCUCCCGUCAAAGAGAAAUUCGAAGCUUCUCGGCGGCUGUCGGCAACAGGAAAAACCGUUCGAAUUGCCGAUGGCAAGGAUGACCACUCCGAUCCAGGUGCAGGCGCGGGCGCCAAUAAGCGUCGGUCCAUUUCGGUCAAUGAUCUCGAGGCCUUGUCCCUUCACGGCAUGGAAGGUUCUUCUUCCAAAAUGCGGGCACAGCGCAGAGGCAGCACCGAAAGCUCUUCAUCUCUCAUGAGCUCCUCUUCCUAUGAUGCUAGCAGCUCCUGGACAGAUGCGGCUUCGGUGCAGGCAGAUGAAUCAGGCACUCCUCGCACUACCUGGAUGUUUUCCCAAGUCAGGUGGCUAGGCGAUAUCGCGACGGUAUAUCCUCCUGAUGUAACUCCGGAACAACGUAGGACUAACAAAACCAAGCGUGUUGAAAUAUUCAAAAUGCCAGGAGGGACAGAGUAUGUAAUCCACGACGUCAACGACGAUGGAGUCAUUGUUGGUAAAGCUCGGUUUAGUGGGACUGUGAAAGUGCCCGAUGAAAUUGCUGUGGAAGGGUUUAUGGUUCCUGGUGAUGCAAUGGAUGAUGCAGCUUCAGGCACUCCCUCAGACAUUGAAAUUGGCGCAACGAUCGAAACAAAGUCAUACGACUGUGCUUCUACUACAGACCUGUUCACCAUUCCAAGGGCCGUCAUACCUCCCACUUUUCACCCUCCUUCUUUCGGACUUACCGUGCUGGGUAAUUCGCACGGUUUCGACAAGAAUGGAUCCACAAGUGGCUACGUGUUGUGGAUCAAUGGCCGUGGCAUAAUGAUUGAUCCACCGCCUUACUCCUCUUCCACUCUAGAACGAGAGGGGAUUCGCCCACAGAUGAUUGUUGCCAUCAUCAUCACCCACUGUCAUGCCGACCACGACGCGGGAGCCUUCCAGAAAGUCCUCACUGGUUCGAGAGUUGCCAUUAUAACAACCCCAACAAUCUACAAGAGUUUCAUCCGAAAAUAUGCCGCGCUGUCUGGGCUCAGCCAAACCCUUCUCCGUCACAGUCAUAGACACAGACCCGCCAUCAUUGGUCAAGCUCUCAAGUUCCAGGGUGCCAAAUUUCACUUUUCGUACACCCUCCACACAAUCCCCUGUAUCGCCUUCAAAGUUGAGUGGCGAGGUCGAUCGAUGGUUUUCACCGGAGAUCACCUGAACAGCCCACCGCUGAUAGCCAAGCUGGAGGAAAAGGGUGUGCUCACAAAAGGUCGCGCAGACAGUCUUCGGCAGAUUCCGUUGCAAGAAUGUGACCUUCUUCUCCAUGAAGCAGGUGCACCGCCCAUCCAUACUCCAAUAUCUGUGCUGCAGGAGCUACCCGAGAAAGUGAGGGAAAGGCUAUACAUUGUUCAUACGUCAGCCUUGCCACCGGAUUGCGGACUAAAGGUUGCUCCAACCGGGACAGCUGGAACAAUUCGCUUGGAUCAGAAACGUAGAGGUGGGCAAGUCACUCUGGGCAAUGAGAUAGCCGAGAUUGGAACUUCGCAAACGUCAGCUGUGUCAGCGUCGAUUGGUAGCAGUGCCAAGAGCCAUCAUGGGUCGGCUGCUUUUGACACUGCAAGCCUCGAUGAUGGCGGGCACCCCAGUCUGACGGUGACUGGCGCGUACAGCAGCCCCACUUUGGCAGACGCAUCACGAUUCCGUGGCCCAGGCGGGAUGAAGCUACCUCCGCUUGUUUUUCUCCGCCCAACUUGUGUUUCGGAUGCUUGGUUCAUUCUGAACCUUCUCUCGGCCGUUCCAUUCUUUUCAAGUCUUUCUUAUGUGAACACCAUGGAGGUCCUGGAGAUAGCGCACGUGACUCUGUUUUGCGCUGAAGAAGUUGUGGUACCAGCCGAUAAGAGGUUCGAGCUUCUCUGCGUGGUAUGGGAAGGGACAUUAGUUGAGCGCGACUGUUCCAAUGGAGAACGUAUGCUGGAGGACCAAAGUGACGCAAAUAGCGAAAUUUCCAGUGAUCUGGAGAAUGGAUCUGUUGACCGGAAGGACAGUUUGACUGUGUGGCACGCAGGUGAUUGGACUGGACCAGUAGCGUUGCAACCAGACUUCGAUCGUUCUGCUGACAAGAGCACCACGGAAAGACCUAGGGAUGUGGUUGCAGUAUCGCAAGAAGGCGUGAAGGUGAUCACAUUGUUGAUGAAGGAUCUGAACAAGAUAUUGAAGCGAGGCUCCAGGCUUUAUCGAAAGUAUCAAGCCGUCUGCGAAAAACAGGUUGCAGAAGAAAACCUGCUGAAAGCCACAGUGAAGGGAGGAAAGGGCAAACGAGAGACGGAGGAAUUGGAAAGGACCAGGAAGUUGCGCGGUGACAAUUUACUGGAAGUGCUCAAUUUCAAUUCCGCUCUGGGCAAGCUGACGGCGUUUCAGAAACGUCACCUUGAGUCCAUUGCUGAGGGGCCAAGAUAUUUCGAGGAGGGAUCGUCUUUGUGGUCAAUUGGAGACAGUGUUGACUUUGCUUUUCUAAUUGUCACUGGAACUGCUUUGUUUGGCCACAAGAGCGCCGAUGACGACCACAAUAGCAGUGGUCGAAGGAACUCGUUCGAGGGGGUUGUUAGUCGUCGAGGGUCGUCGGAGUUUUCAAUUGACGGGAGACGAGUAGAGGAAGACAAGUGUCUGGCUGUUCCACCCAACAGCGAAUAUGCACGCCUUGAGACGGCCCUGCAACACAGAGUCAGCAAAAUGGACAACGAUGUGUAUGACCACCCAAGGGAUAUGCUUCCCAGGGAGGAGCUAGCACAGAACGCUCGCGAUCGAUUUGCCAACAAGGUCAUGGCCAGGCUCUACUCUCGUCGAGCGUACACAUCAGGAUUGAUCUUCAGUCGGGGGCAUUUCUUGUCCGACAUUUCUCGGAUGGUGAGUGGGGACCUAUCUUUGGAUGAAAAGAUGAACAGGGGUCAUUGCCAUUCAUCCAAUAUGAUUGCCGGGCGCAACGGAUGUGUGGCGAUGGUGUUUCAACGAUCUACUCUUGUGCCAUUUCUGGAAGGGAAUCCAGGAGUUUUGCUCAUUCUGUUGGGGACACACGCAGUUGUGUAGACUGUGAAAGCUGUUCAUUUUGUGGGAGAAAGCGUGAGGACGGAGACUGUGCUGCAAUGUCGUCACGAACGACGAACGAGUUCAUGUACGGUAGCGUUCAAGCACAGCCGUCUGCUCAUGUUGCCCCGAUUGUGCUACAACUGUAGUUUCUAGAUAAUACUAUAUGGCGUGCUACAUACCGUACGGUAGCUAUAUCUGUUGUGUUGAUGUGUGUUACGGUUCUGCUGUGACUGCAGGCAGCAUCGCCCAGACUUAUUGUUUUCAUGACC